GUACUGAUGUUCAUUUUGAAUAAUUUCACUUUUAUUUUGAGAAAAUCGUGAAAAUCGAUUUUGGCCGUCGACGCCCUCACUUCAGCCUAAAUCCGAGGUGAAAAAGGUAGGUCUUAGAAAGGCGUUUGAGUUUUACAAACAUUGCCUUAUUUUGCAUAAGAAAAGACGGCCUAUUAUUUUGUCCCCCAUGCAGAACAAUUCCUUUGUGACUCAGUGCAAGGGCUUAUUGCUUAACAAAUAGAUUGGAAUUAACAUGAAAUGAAAAUAUGGAUUAUCAUAUGCUGAAUCUGACUGUAUACCGCUAAAACGGACAGACCCUCUCAUCUAUUAUCACCAAUUCCUAUGUUUGGAAUACUAUGGAGCCCAAAACGCGGAGGAACCCCAGAGAAGACGCUGGAUUCUUUUCUCUGUUACUGUUUUGGUGGAUGAAAGAUCUUCUUCAAAUUGGAAAGCAUCGUUCUUUGAAGGAUGAAGAUUUAUAUGAACUGUCGUAUAGAGACAAGGCAGAAGAAAUAGCAGAGCAAAUCGAUGAUGUGUGGGAACAAGAAAUGAUGGAUGCCCGGAAACACGGCCAACGUCCGAAACUAUGGAGAGCUGUAAUCAAGAUGUUUUCUUUACAACAAUAUAGUUUCAUUCUUGUACUGAAAUUCACCAAAGUUGCAAUGGACUUUCUUUUGGCCUUGCUGUUGUGGGCAUUUCUUCAUAUUCUUAAAGAAGACUCUCGUUUUCACAGAAAAUAUGCUAUUUUUACUAUCGUUAGCAUAAGUGCCGCAAGUCUCCUGAGGGUUUUCAGCCAUCAUCACUAUGAAUAUCAAACCAAGGUCAUGGGAAUGCGCUUGAAAGUAGCAUUAGUUGAAAGCGUGCAAAAAAAAAUUCUUGAUACUAGACGUCACGCAUGUGCCACUCAAGGUCACGUUCAGAAUCUGGUUUCGAACGACGUUCAGAGAAUGGAAGACUUGAUCAUGAUGGUGUCCCGGAUGAUCGUAGCACCCUUCACAAUCAUGGCCUCAUUUGCUUUCUUGUGGGCUCUAAAUGGUUGGCAGUCGUUCACUGGUGCCUGUUUCAUCAUGGUUUCUAUGAUGACAAGCAUCAUGAUGGCGAGAAAAUUUAAAACGUUACGUAAAGCUCAGUCGAUAGUCACCGACAAGCGGCUGUCAGUCUUGUAUGACAUCAUCUCGGGUAUACGAACAGUCAAGAUACAUGCUUGGGAAGACAAGUUCAUGGAAACGGUUCGACGUUUGAGGAGAAAAGAAAUGGGAUUAAUUCGUCUGAGGAAUGUUUUUUACGCAGUAAAUACUUCAAUGAAAGGAAACGUCGCUGUCAUAGCAACGCUCAUCUCCAUAUUAACCCUUAUAUACUCAGGAAAACAAAUGAUAUCCCAAGACGUAUUUUCCAUGUCUUACAUAUUUGUAAUCUUCGAGAUGUGCCUUCUUGUUGAUGUUGAUAAUUCGUUUCGAUAUUUUCUGGACGCGAAUGUUUCUUUGACCAGAAUUGAACAGUUUUUGUGCACAUCGGAUCCCUCGACGGACUACAGUGACUUAGAACAAGGCUACAAUAACAUCGAUGGCUUUCACUUUAGGAAGCAUAACUCGAUAGUAUUCACUAACGUUUCUGCUGCUUGGAGCAAAGAACAGCAAAACGUACUUAGUGACAUUGACCUUGACUUGAAGGCCAAUGAACUAGUCAUAGUCACGGGCCCAGUUGGUAGUGGUAAGUCUUCACUGUUGAUGGCCAUCCAGAGGGAAAUUCCGCUAACGUCUGGGGAAACUUCAUGCUACGGUACUAUGGCUUACGCGUCGCAAAUCCCAUGGAUUUUCUCUGGGACCAUUCGUGAGAACAUCAUCUUUGGCAAGACAUUUAAUGAGGCAAAAUAUCGGAGCAUCCUAGAUAUAUGUGAUCUUACAAAAGACAUCAAACAAUUCCCCAAAGGAGACCUUAGUACGGUAGGACAGCGGGGAAUUGCUUUUAGUGGUGGUCAGCGGGCACGUGUAGGUCUGGCACGCUCAGUGUACUCGGAUGCUGACAUCCUCUUGAUGGACGACCCCUUGAGUGCCGUAGAUGCGAAGGUCGGACAGCAUAUCUUUGAUGAGUGCAUUUGUAAAGAACUUUCGGGUCGCCUUCGAGUACUAGUCACACAUCACCUGAAAUACCUUCAAUCUGCUGACAAGAUUGUAGUGCUACAAAAAGGUCAUAUUGAGGCUCAAGGAUCAUACGAAGAUUUAAAGGAAAAGCUAUUGUGGACCAGCGAAACAAUGGCAACAGUGGGAAGCGAAACAAUGGCAACAGUGGGAGAGCAGGAAGCUGAAUCUGCAAUAAUAACUGGAACAGGGCCAAGAGAAAUGCGUGGUAGCAAUGAGAGCUUGAGUGAUUUAACCGAAAAAGAUGAAGAAAGACUCCUUGGUCAAGUUACGUAUAAGCUGUACUGGUCUUUCUUCAGGACAGGCUCUGCUGGCAUGGCUAUUAUCUGCUUUAUGCUGCUAUACUUAUCCUCAAAAGGACUUGACUUGACUCCAACUUGGUACCUUUCACAAUUGGUACACAUGCCCCUUCAUCAGCAAAAGAGCGCCGUUACUCUCGGCACCUAUGGUGGACUGGUCCUUGGCGCAUUGUUCCUUAGCAGUAUCUGYGAAAGUUUUCUCUACAGCUAUUUUCAAAGAUCAUCACGAAAACUCCAUGCGAAAAUGACAGAGGCAGUCAUUAAGUCUCCGGUGCUUUUCUUUGAUAGGAAUCCAGUUGGGCGCAUUUUAAACAAGUUUUCCAAAGACAUCGGAAGCGUAGAUGACCUACUUCCCAAACUGUUUGACAGCGCAGCAUAUUUCACGAUAAAAACCAUUGGCGUUCUUAUCCUUACGUCUAUCUCCAGUUAUUGGUUCAUUAUAGCCUUUAUACCUAUUUUGGUGCUAUUCUAUUAUGCCUGUUGUUACUAUGCCAGGACCUCUCGAGAGCUGAAGAGGAUGGAGGCGAUUCGAAGCAGUCCAGUUUACGCUCACAUCUCCGAAACCAUGAGAGGACUUGAAGUCAUUCGAACAUCGCAAAACGAACUGGUGUUUCGAAAUCGCAUGCUAAGGCUACUGGAUGAACACACGAAAGCAUUUUUUCUUGUCAUAUCUACCUCCAACUGGUUUACACAAAGCAUAGACCUCAUUGGCUUCUUGAUUGUGACUGCUACGGGAAUUAUUGGUUAUUUGGCAAUUCAUGAUGAAGCUGUCAUUGGUAUGUUGAUCACCCUAACAUUCACCAUCCUCGGCAGUAUCCAGUUUGGGUUGCUAAUGGCAACCGAAGUAGAAAACCAAAUGAUCUCAGCCGAGCGAGUGAUGACGUACACUAAUUUACCCCCAGAACCAGGCUAUAGCAGACAGAAAUUACCGCCAGAGAAUUGGCCCAACCUGGGGAUAAUAAAUUUUCGGGAUGUUUCUCUGCAGUACAUAGAGAAUGGAGUCAAGGUUCUUAAGGAGAUUGAUUUAUUAGUAAAACCUAAUGAAAAAGUUGGUAUUGUUGGGCGCACAGGAGCCGGUAAGUCGUCACUGGUAUCCGCCUUAAUGUGCAUGCCUGAGCCUCAUGGGAAGAUCCUUAUUGACGGUGUAGAUUUGGGUACCAUUAAUAUCCAGGCUGCUCGGAAAACAAUAGCCGUGAUAUCCCAGGACCCUGUGCUCUUUGAAGGAACCCUAAGGCGAAACCUAGAUCCAUUUAACCUAUUUGCAGAGCCAGACAUUUGGAAAGCGCUUGAAGAAGUACAGCUUAAAAGCAAGGUCGAAAUAAUACCUAACCAACUGAAUUUUUCUAUCGGAGAGUUUGGGUCUGGUUUUAGUGUAGGUGAGAGACAGUUACUUUGUCUUGCAAGAGCUUUACUACAAAACUGUAAGAUCCUUGUGAUGGAUGAAGCAACGGCGAAUGUAGACUUCAAGACAGAUCAAUUAAUUCAACAAGUCAUACGAUAUAAGUUUACAAAUUGUACAGUACUGACCAUAGCACAUCGCAUAAACACCAUUAUGGAUUACGAUACCGUUAUCGUCAUGGACAAUGGUCUAGUGGUUGAUCAUGAUACCCCUGCGGUGCUUGCUGGGAAGCCUGAGGGUAUCUUUCGUAGUCUUCUACAAACUCAAAGAGUUACUUAAUUACAAAGCGCCGGCCUUUUAUUAGAACGCAAACAUUUUUCCUUUGUCAGACAAACUCAAUGUAAGUUAUCAUGACAUGUGAAUAACCGUCCAAUGUGUUAAAAAAAGUAGUAAGGCUGUCAAACAACACAAUCAAAAAAAUACACAUGCAAGUACGGAUACUUGUUAUCAAUGGAACCAAUAACACUUUAGAUUACCCCAUUUAUAACAAACGUUCUGAUUGGAUAAUAUAUGAUUCCUUGCUUUUCGAUUGGUUUAGAAUGGAACGCAUUAGAAAGUCAUAAAACUAAUUGUUAGUAGACAUAAUUAAUAGUUUUUAGAUACUUCAGUUAUAUAUGACAACCAAUUAGAAAUGCUUAAAUGUUAUUGAUUAUUUAUGAUAAUCAUCUUUUUAUUACACUCAUCAAUCUUUAUAUUUUUACG